UGUAGGUCUUUCUGGCCUGUUUGCGCACAUAGGCCUACAGUAGGCUACGUAUCUUUAUUCUCUAUUUGUUUGAAUCUUGUUUCAGUUUACACUGCAAUCAGCAGACCUUACAACUCCCAUCAUUUGGAACAGUUCUGAUCAAUGUGUGAAUUUGCGUUUGCUUGUUUCAGGAAAUGGCAUGACCCCGUAAACCCACACCUGUAGGAUAGGCUUAUUUGGGACAAGCCAUAAAUCUGUGCGUUUGAGAACCACCCAUGGGGUUUAAAGUAGGCUACUGUUAGUCGCCUACAAAACAUCUCGCUAUACUUCAUGCACGAGACGCACGCAGCAACAUGGCAGACGGACGGAUUUGUAUGGAAAUAUUUGAAGUCGAAGAUUUCCUUCGGAAUCCUCCACAUGGAUUUAGAGUGGAAAGUCGGGGUUCUGGGCACACACUUGUGAAGUCCGACCCAAAUAGCUGUUGCGUGUUCAUCGACGAAUUUAACUUGGACAAAAGAAAAGUUAUCUUCCAGUUUUCGACAGGAAGAGAGUUUGUGAUCGACAAUCUGGGCAACUACACAAAGAUGAGGGAAAAAAUUACUUCACAACAAAUUUAUCUGCUGGCAUCUGCUAGUGAUAUCAGUUCACUAAAGGGUGAAAAAAUAUAUCGAACUGCUGAAGUGAGCACAUACUUUAUAGUGGUGUUAAAUGGGAAACACCCCUUAGUCAAAUGGCAAAUGGAAAAAGGACUUGAUCGGGCAAUUUCUUCAGUGGCAGGAGAAAGCUACAACGUGGAAAUCGACCUGAGCCAAGCAUUGCAGAGUUGGGUGGAGAGAAGGGAAAAUGUUCUGCCCAGUGCUUUAAAGGGGAAGUCUUGGACAGAUUGUUCCUUUAGCCUCAAGUACCAUUCGGAUGCCCUGUUCGACAUUCCCUUCUGGUUUGGCCUGAGUAACCGCCAUUUUAAGAUAACUUAUGAAUAAUGAUACUUCAAGGCAAGGCUAUUCUCCUUGGAUGGAGUAGCCUAGAUGUCAUCUGGCUGGGUCAUUCCACGAAAUCGGUGCCUUUUCAACUUUAAAAAUGUGAAAAAUAUAAUUGUUUCAAACUGAUUUUUUUCAAUGCCCAUUUAAUUAACACAUCUUAACAUGACAAGAAAUUGUGUAGGAUAGUAACAGGACUGAUGGUAACAGGACUGAUGAUUUCAUGCUAAAUUGCUCCUUUCUAGCUAACAGGUAAGGUUAGGGAGGCACAUGGUAUGUAAUCUGAAAGGUUAUUACUUCUAGAUAUUGGUAAUAUCAGUAUUCAUAAAUAAUUGUUUAUAUAAAAAUGGUAACAGGACUGAUGUUGUAUGCUCGCCCCUCUCUCACAACCCUGAUAAAACAUGAAAAAAGGACAUUUAAGAAGAGAGAAAGUUACCCUUUCUUACACUGUGGAAUCUUCUUCUAAAUGAUGUCACUUCUAGCUACCAUUAUUUUAUAAGGGGGUUUAGUGAAAGUAACAGGACUGAGAUAAAAUUAAGGGACAAUGAUAAAUGACUUAUAUUUUCUAAGAAAUCAGAUCUAUUUAUGUCAAAAUCAUUGCUUAACAAUGAGAUUACACUUAAGACAAUAUAAAACUGUGAAAAUUGUAUAAUUUUUCCAACAUUUUACAACUGAGAAGUGCUGUUGAAAAAUAAAAAAUAUAGCGUGGGACAAGCCAAAAUCAACCAAAAUCCUUACCCAUAGCAUAUAUUUAUGUGAUUUUAAUCAUUUGCACUUGUAUUUUAUUGGGUUUACUUAGUCUUAUAUUGAUGCAUAUGAUCUAUAGUAACAUUACUUUUUUUUUUUUUUUAAUUAUACAUGUAUUUGUUGUUAAAGCAACUUUAGAACUGAUUAUCUGUUGUGGGACACAAAAGGCACCGAUUCGGGGAAUGACCUUUUACUUCCAAGGAUUUACAUUUAAUCUCUGGCUUACAUCGACCAGCAUGCAUCUCAUAGAAGAAUAUACAAGCAUUACAUUUUUAAUACGUAUAUUAUUAUUGUCUUUGGACGUCUGUUCAAUGAAUGAUGUUACAUGUAAAAAUGAAGACUGAUGGAUCAGAAUAAGAUUCUGAUACCUACUGAUGUAAAUAAACUUGAAUGUAAAUUUUG